ACUGCUUAGUAAUAGUAGCAGUGCUAUGUUUGAGUUUUGAUCAACAAACAAAAAGAAUAGAAAAGUCGCGGUAAACGCUGUUUCUUCAAGGAAACCCAGGAAGAAACCAUGCGUUUGCUCAUGAUCUUAUUGCUGCUGUCUUGCAUCUUCAAAUCAGGAAUUUGUUCGACGGCCGAUCAGUUUAAGGUAGACGGGAAAGUGUUGGAGUUGGACGAAUCCAACUUUGACUCCGCCAUUUCCUCUUUUGAUUACAUCCUCGUUGACUUCUACGCUCCCUGGUGCGGCCACUGCAAACGCCUUUCCCCUCAGUUGGAUGAGGCUGCUCCUGUUCUUGCCGGAUUGAAGGAGCCAAUAGUGAUAGCUAAAGUAAAUGCUGACAAGUAUACCAGUCUUGCUAGCAAACAUGAUGUUGAUGCAUAUCCUACUCUCAAGCUCUUUAUGCACGGCAUCUCUAUUGAGUAUUUUGGACCGAGGAAAGCAGAAUUACUUGUUCAAUACCUGAAGAAAUUUGUUGCUCCUGAUGUGUCCGUUCUUAGCUCAGACUCCGCAAUUAGUGAUUUUGUUGAAGCAGCUGGUAGUUUCUUUCCUAUAUACAUAGGUUUUGGAUUGAAUGAGACUGUGAUAUCUAAUUUAGCUGUUAAGUACAAGAAAAGGGCAUGGUUUUCUGUCGCAAAGGAUUUCUCCGAUGAUGUCAUGGUGUUGUACGACUUUGACAAAGUUCCUGCUUUGGUAGCUCUUCAUCCAAGUUAUAAGCAGCAAAGCAUUUUUUAUGGCCCCUUUGAAGAUGAAUUUUUGGGGGAUUUUAUAAAACAGAAUUUGCUGCCUCUGGUGGUGCCCUUGAACCAUGAGACAUUAAAGUUAUUGAAAGAUGAGGAGAGGAAAAUUGUCCUGACAAUCACAGCUGAUGAGAAUGAAGACCAAUCACAGAACUUGAUCAAGGUAUUGAAGGCUGCUGCAUCUGCAAAUCGUGACUUGGUAUUUGGCUAUGUUGGGGUUAAACAAUGGGAAGACUUUGCUGAUAAAUUUGGGGUUGACGGGAAGACAAAGUUGCCAAAAAUGAUUGUCUGGAAUGGAGAUGAGGAGUACUUUUCAGUUAUCGGUAUCGAAAGCCUUGAUAAGGAAGAUCAGGGGUCUCAAAUAUCACAAUUCCUAGAAGGAUAUAGAGAAGGAAGAACAGAAAGGAAAACAGUUAAAGGGCCAUCAUUCAUGGGCUUUAUCAAUUCACUAAUUGGCAUCAGAACUGUCUACAUAAUUGUCUUUAUCGUUGCAGUGUUGAUGCUUAUACAAAGUAUUGGUAAAGACGACGAACCUCUCAGGGUUGGCAGACGAGAUGAGGUUGAUCAUGCUGAGAGCUCCGAAGCUGAAAGCAGCCAGUAUGGACCUGAGAAGAAAGAAGAUUAAACUGAGGCAUCUUCCUGGUGGACAUACAGCAACACAACAAGAUGUUCUGAUGGAUUAGAGUUGCAGUGUAGAAAAGAAACCUGUUACAAUGCUCUGUGGAGAGGGAUGAUUCCUGCUUUCUUGACAUGAAUUUUGAUAUGCUCCACUGCAAGGCAUCUUGUGCCAAGAAACCAAGUCUUCAGGAGUAGUAGUUUGUAUUUAUGAAGAUGCCCUUUCUGUUUUCGUUUUAACACUGUUUUCACACAUUUAUGGCCCUUUCAUCACUGUCAGCUAAAAGAUCCAACUUUGCAAUUUUUCUUCAGGAAUGUACAACUAAAUUUAUUCUUA